GCCCAAAAAUAAUCGAAUUUCGAGAUCAUGGAAAGUCAAUACCUCUCGACUCUCGACUCUCGAGUGCACAUCUCCACCUCAAUAGAUACCGUUGCCAUUUCCUCAAAUCUUCAUGGCUACCACCACCACCGCCGACGGCGGAGAAGUCAAGAGAGAUACUUAUUCGGUGUGGGCGUUUCCGCCGGAGGAAUUGAAGCCGCGCCUGAAGAAAUUGAUGGACGGUCUCAGAUCGGAGUUCGGCGGGCCGGAGUUCGAGCCGCACGUCACGGUGGUCGGAGCUAUUAAAUUGACGGAGAAAGAGGCGCGUGAUAUGUUUCACAAGGCGUGCGAGGGCCUCAAACCGUAUGCUGCUACGGUGGAGAAAGUCGCAACCGGCACUUUCUUUUAUCAGUGCGUUUUUCUCCUGCUUCAUCCCACACCUGAGGUGGUGGAGGCUAGUGCUCAUUCCUGUGCACAUUUUGGUUUGAAGAGCUCAUCUCCUUAUAUGCCGCACUUGAGCCUCCUCUACGGUGAAUUGACAGAUGCAGAGAAGAAAGCCGCGCAAGAGAAAGCUUAUGCUUUGGAUGAAAGCAUCGGCAGUCUAAAUUUCCAGAUAUCGCGUCUAGCAUUGUAUAAAACAGAAACUGAAGAUAGGACCUGCAAAUCUUGGGAGAAGGUGGAUGAGUUCCAACUCAAACCUUAAUCACUAGGUACAUCACAUUUAGCUGAGGUUAAUGUCUGAUGGCUCCAUGAAUAACAUGAAAGUUGCUGUGUACUAUGUCAAAAACAAAUGGAACUGACUGUUGCUCUUUGCUUGUUGGUUUCGGUCUCUACUUUUUCUGUGUAAAUCAUGAAUAAGAUGGCAUUUUCUUAUUGGAUCAUAAA